AGAGAGAGAGAGAUAAAUUCGUCAGCAAAAAAUGGCUCAAAGCAUUGCGUUAAAGAAUCCUGGAAAUUGGAGUGUUUCUCAUUGAGAAAUGAUUUAUUUAAAUCUAAUAUUAUUUUGAUUUGUGAUAUCAUUUGAAUCAAUGGCGGCGAAGAAAACGUCACCUUUGCCAGGAUUAGAAGCUGAUGAAUACCAAGAACUUCAAUCCCUCAUUCAAACUUACCACAAAUUUGAACCUUCUCCUAACACUACCACUUCUCUCAUCACCCAACGUAUCGACGCCCCUCUCGACGCCGUCUGGCCUUUCGUUCGCAGCUUCGAUAAUCCCCAAAAGUACAAGCACUUCAUCAAAAGCUGCAAGAUGUCAGCAGGAGAUGGCGGGGUCGGCAGCAUUAGAGAGGUGACGGUGGUGUCCGGCCUUCCGGCAUCGACAAGCACAGAAAGGCUAGAGAUUUUGGACGACGAGAAGCAUAUAUUGAGCUUCAGGGUGGUGGGAGGAGAGCACCGGCUGAACAAUUACCGAUCAGUGACGUCGGUGAACGAGUUUAACAAAGACGGCAAGGUUUACACCAUCGUUUUGGAGUCUUACAUCGUUGACAUACCAGAAGGGAACACCGGCGAGGAUACCAAAAUGUUCGUUGAUACUGUCAUCAAAUUGAAUCUUCAAAAACUUGCUGGGGUUGCCACCGCCUCUCAGCAUGAACAUGAACAUGAAUAGUGUGGCGGCGGCUACGGCGGCGGCGGCGGAGAUCUCUGCCGGCAGUUGAUGGGAUGGGAUUAGUGGAUGGGUCGGUUUGUUUUUUUGCAAGUUGAAUUUGAUUUUUAGCUUGUUCUUAUUUAUUGGGUCGGCCGAUAAUGGAUUGGUUUGGAAAGACUUAGAAGAGAUGAUAUUAUUCAGAUUAUAUAUAUAUAUUCGACAAUUAUUGUCUUAAUUCAUGUUUUAUCAAUAAAAGAUUUACAUAAGAGUGUUGGUUAA